AUGCGAUUAUAACUUUAGGUGUGGAUGGCUAUAGGUGACUCGUCGCUCUGUCUCUCUCUAGUGGUCCAACUCAUUCCGGGUAGAUUUCCAUGCCUCCCUGAUGCAGCCCAUUGAGCUUUAGUCCGGGCAGAACAAACAUAAUCCCAAUUUUCGCGAACGCCCAUCAGUUCACUCCCUGAUUUCACCCAAGUGCACACUCCUCCACCGCUAUGCUCGAGUUCCUAAUUUGCGGGAUGUCGACCGUGGUCGAACCGAUUUUGACUCCGUCGUCACUUUUCUCGGUGACGAAUGCAUUUUUCUACCUCUUGAUCCCGAUCGCCGCCCUAUGGUAUGCCUACUUCAGGAUGUGCCGUAAACGGCUCUACGAGCUGGCUGCUGAAAUUCCGGGACCCAAGGGGCUUCCACUCAUCGGCAACGCCUACGAGUUCAUGGGCGACUCCAACAAAAUAUUCGAGAAUAUCUAUGUGAAAAGCUUCGAGUACGCCAAAGAUGGUGCACCCGCAAAAUGCUGGAUCGGCCCCCGUCUCAUCGUCUUCUUGACCGACCCGCGGGACGUCGAGAUCAUUUUGAGCAGUAGUGUUUACAUCGACAAAGCUCCAGAAUACAGAUUUUUCCAGCCCUGGCUUGGAAAUGGUCUACUCAUUAGCACAGGUGAAACCUGGCGAGCUCACAGGAAGUUAAUUGCACCAACUUUUCAUUUGAAUGUAUUAAAAUCGUUCAUGGGUCUAUUCAAUACUAACAGCAGACUGGCGGUGGAAAAAAUGAGGAAAGAAGGCUCGAAAGCAUUCGACGUCCACCAUUAUAUGAGCGAGGCAACGGUAGAAAUUUUGUUGGAAACUGCCAUGGGCGUUGAUAAGGGAACGCAAGAAGCCAGUGGUUUUGAAUACGCUGCGGCUGUUAUGAAGUUGUGCGAUAUUCUUCAUUUGCGACACACAAAAGUUUGGAUGCGACCAGAUUUCCUCUUCAACAUGACCAAGUAUGCAAAAGAACAAGUCAAAUUACUGGACUUCGUCCAUGGAUUAACGAUCAACGUUAUGGCAAAGAAGAAAGCAGCUUUCUUGGAAAACAAACAGGCUGCUCUGGAAAGUGGAAACUCGGCAGGCAAAACCAAAACUACCGAAGCAGCUCCUCAAAAAUCUGAGCCGGCAACCAAGGAAAAAGAGGUCACCGACACGGUAAAAGGAUUAUCGUUUGGACAGUCAUCUGGGCUUAAGGACGAUCUGGACGUGGAUGAAGACAUUGGAGAGAAAAAACGCCAAGCCUUCUUAGAUCUAUUGAUUGAAAGCGCGGAUAAUGGAAAUGUCUUGACUGAUAAGGAAGUUCGAGAGCAAGUUGAUACUAUUAUGUUUGAGGGUCACGAUACAACGGCUGCUGGAAGCAGUUUCUUCUUAUGUAUUAUGGGCGUACGACCAGAUAUCCAGGAGAAAGUAGUGGAAGAGUUGGAGCAAAUAUUUGGCGACUCGGAUAGACCAUGCACGUUCCAAGAUACGUUGGAAAUGAAAUACCUAGAAAGGUGCAUCAUGGAGACUUUAAGGAUGUACCCACCAGUGCCCAUCAUCGCCCGAGAGCUACAACAAGAAGUCCAGCUAAAGUCCACCAACGUGUCCGUCCCUGCAAAGUGCACUGUUAUUAUCGGAACCCUCAAAUUACACAGGAACCCGAAAAUAUACCCGAAUCCUGAGCACUUCGACCCUGAUAACUUCCUGCCUGAGAAAACUUCGAACAGACAUUAUUAUGCUUUCGUACCGUUCAGCGCUGGUCCAAGAAGUUGUGUUGGUCGUAAAUACGCAAUGCUGAAAUUGAAAAUAUUACUGUCUACUAUUUUAAGAAAUUACAAAGUCUACAGUGACAUUCCAGAGAAGGACUGGAAGUUGCAAGCAGACAUCAUCCUCAAGAGAUCAGACGGUUUUAUGAUUCGAUUAGAACCCAGGAAGAUGAAACCAAAGCCUGCAACGGUGGCUACAGCGAAUUAGGUUUUAUAGUUAUCCUAUUAUAUCUUGAUUACAAUUUAGUUUGUAAAAUUGAUAUACUAAGGUCUCCUCGACCUUUUAGGUGUGUAUUGAGUCUAUUAAGUCAUACUUGAAGCGCACAGAGGUGUCCCAAUUUCCUAGGCUCUACCUACAUGACAUGGACAUUUACUUUGAAAAGUGUAAUUUCCUCGAUUUUCAGAAAUUAUUCCCUUUUAAGAUCUCCUAAGAGAUGAAUCUUGGAGCUCUCUCCAUCAGUCAUCUCUGGCUGGAAACCCUUAAGAGAUCAAUUUAAAGAAGAAGCAUGUGUACGUAUUAUAUUCCAUGUUUGACCUUGCUAGUUAGUUUGUCCUUUACAAGUAAUCGAAAAUUUAGCUGGAAAAAAAAGAAUCCGGUUAUCGGAAACAGAAAAUCGGCUGAUGUGAAAUAACCACUUAUAUAGUUCAUACGACCCAAUCAUUUAGUCAACUUUGUUUUGAUCUUGUAUGUAGGUAAAAACAUCCACCGAUUCAUCUUGACUGAAUAACUAUGUACAUGGCCGUCCCGUCCUACAAUAAAAUUAAUUCGUUCAGCGAAGAAUGGAUUUUGCUUUGUUUUACGCUCUGGUUUCUCUCCAUGUUUCUUUAUUCUUUUUUCGCUGACAUUUUUCUCCCUUGAACUAAACGAUCUCGAAAAAAAAUAUAGUAAAAGAAGAAAAAUUCUUGCAUUUGAGCAUUUUAAAUUUCUAGCCAAAUCCACGCAAAUUUGAUCCGCGAAGCCACAUUUUCCAUUCUUCUUCGAAAAAAUUUAAGUUUCAUAACUAAAGUCAUGCAGUUAGUACUUAACCCUCUCGUGCUCAAUAGUUAUAAUAUUUAAAAUAGUUUUUAUUUUUUACAUAAAAAAUAUAAUUUAAGUGAAAGUGUAAUAUUUAAAGUUUGUUAUUUUGUUGACGUAAACUCAUGUAAUGUAUGUUUGUUCAUGGUGCAAAAAUUUCUCACUUUGCCCUCUACCGAAGGCAUUGACAAAACGCACCGAAUGAAAAAAUAAAGAAAAUAAUAUAGAAUAAAAAAGUGUAACAUA